AUGCAUCAUAUUCAUCAGCCGAUCAAAGUGUGUUAUCGUCUGUGGUACUUCAACGGAUGGGAAACUAAAGAUCUUGGUGAUAAUAUUCGAUCCCAUAGUCCUAUGCUCGAUGACGGAUCCGGGCAGCGCAAAGAAGGGUCUCAUCAGCGAUUGCCUAUGGAUGAUGCGAGUAUCGACGCCCAAACAUAUUGA